UGGAGCGAUGUUUACAUUUUGGCAGUGAGCGAUUGAACUGCCAAGCAGUAAACGAUUUUUAAACUUUAUGAACCUUUUAAAAGAUUUUCCUAUUCCACUAGCUAAGUAACUUGAUCCUGAGUACCACAGCACAUAUUUGCUAUACAUCUUCAUUUAGCUAACUAGCUAGCUAACAAUAACCCUAGCAACCUGUUGAUUGAUAAACUGGCUACCCGAGUUGUUGAUGUUAGCUAGUUAGCUAACGUUAGCGUGUGCAAAUGACAGCCACCAAUGUUUAACAACAACGAUGAGGAUCUUGUCGAAGAUGUGGCCAGUUUAAGGAAUCAAUUGCGAUUAACGGAGAUUAGUUUGCAAAGUUUGGGAGAACAAUUAAGUCACUCAGGACAGGAGAGUCACAGUGAGCGGUCUGAGAGGAGUUUAGUACAUGGGUUGCCAGGUCUUCUGUCCCUAGAGGACCUACAGCGGCCUGAUGUCCCACAUCCUCCAACUGACAACCCAAGUCUUGAGAGACCCCUCCACAGAAGUAGGACAGCUGAGAGACAGGCCUGUGAAAGCCUACCCAGUACUGACUCCAGGUGCUCCUUGUCUAGGGCAGUGGAGAUGGAGGUUGCCCCCCUCAGGAAGAAGCUAGGCUGCCUGCGUCAGGAGAACGCCUCCCUGGCUCUGGAGAACAGACAGCUCAUCAGUGACCUGGAGGCGACCCAGAUUGAACUGGCCAGCUCUAAAACCAAGGCCCGUCUCCUGGGCUCCACAGUAGGGGCUAAGACCUCCAGUGUGACCGUCAUGAGGGAGCAGAUCCUGGGCUUGGAGGCUGAGGUGGAGGCCCAGGCCAAAGAACUCCGGACUGCAGAGUUGAAGGCAGAGCAGAGCCAGCAGGCAGCAACGCAAAGUGACAGACAGGUAGCCGAACUCGGAGACGAACUGAGCAUGCUCAGAACAGAGCUUACCGACACAACCAGACAAGGAAAACGAGCGGAGCAACAAAGGAACCAAGCCCUUCGCAAUGCGGAGAAACUCACAGACGCUUUUAAAGACUACAAGACAAAUAUUUCCAUUAAGCUGAAAAAGGUCAUGGAGAGCGAGAGCAAACUGAAGGAGAGUCUCAUCGUGUGUGACCGAGAGAGAGAGGAGCUGGAGAGCAAGUGCACCGUGAUGGAGAGAGCACGAGAGGAGCAGGGCCAAACCAUCAGUGAGCUGAAGGAAGAGGUUACCCAGGCGCGCACACUCAACACAAAAACCUCUGAGCUCCAGGGACGUCUGGAGGAGGCUGCCCAACGGGCCUCGCGGCUGGAGAUGGAGCUGGGGGAUCGGGCCUUGGCGGCCAGGGAGCUGACCUCUCUCCACAGGGAGACGGAGGACCUCCGGGCCCUCACCCAGUGCCAGGAACACAGGCUGGUUCAAUGCCAGAGAGAGGCCCAGCAGAGCCUGGCUGAAUUAGCUAGUCUGGAGAGCAUACUGGCUUUGCUGCACCUCCGAGAGGUAUGGAGGAUUGGGGACACGUACACGCACGGCGAUGAGGGACCUCUCUGUGUGAAGCCCUGUAUGCUGCCACCAGUGGAUUACACAGGAAAUACAGACCCACUCAGACCCAAGCCAGGUGAGCGAUACCAGCAGCUGCUCCCAGUGCUCCAGGCAGUGGAGGCAGAGCGAGGCAGACAAAGCUCCCUGGCCUCCAGGCUCCAGGAGAGGCUGUCUAAAGCCCAGGAGGAGGUCUCCUCCCUGCACAGCUCCAUGGCCCAGAGGGCCUCCCACUACCAGCAGGUCCACAGCGAGCUGCUCCAGAGGGCCAGCCAGGCUACCGAUGCCGAGAAGGAGGUGAGGAGAUUGAAGAAGAAGAGUGCUCGUGUGGCGGCUCUGGAGAAACAGCUGCAAGAGAAGAGCUCUGCCUACUCACUGGCCGCUCUGAAGAACACUCAGCUGGAGCAGGAGCUGCUGGAGAAGGCCAGUGCUAUCCAGCACUACCAGUCUGUGAUGACCAAGAAGCAGAGGGACUUCCAACAGGCUCUGGACAAAAGUCAAAAGGCCCGUGCUGACCAGUGCAAGGAACUGCAGGACAGAGUGGAACUGCUGCAGUUGUCUCUGGACCAGACCCGGGCCCAGGUCUCAGAGCUGGAGCAGGCUGUGUGUUGUGCCCAGAGGGAGAGACACGAGGCCCAGAGCACAGCCCACCUACUGCAGGUCUCCCUGGACCAGCUCACACAGGAGAGAGAGACCAAAGUGAGACACAGUGAGGAGGCUCUACGGAGUGUCAAAGAGCAGGCCACCGAGUCUUCCACCAAGGUGAGGCAGCUGGAGACAGCCCUGUCGUCCUGUAGGGAUGAGCUGAGCUCCCGCCUACUGCAGAUGGAGGACGCUAAGCAGCACUUUCAGAGACAGCUGGACGUCAAGAGCAAAGAGCUGUCGUCUCUGCAGGAGGAGUUGCGUAACAGCGCUCUGGUGUGUAGUCGCUCCAGUGAGCGCUGUGUCCAGCUUCAGUACUCCCUGCAGCGGCAGCAGAGCAUGCUACAGGAGAGCAGCACCCGUGUGGCCGAACUGGAGGAAAGCCAGAGUCGGCUACAGGGACAGGUGUCUGCGUUGGAGCAGGAGUUGGAGCGGGCGCGCUUGUCUCUGGAGGAGGAGCUGAGGAGGAGAGAGGAGGUGGUGCAGGAGGCUGACAAGGAGGUGCAGGAGAAGAGGCGACAGGCUGCACAGCUCUCUGGCUCUGUCACUCAGCUGUCGUCUGAGAUGAAUCGGUGUCGUGGGGAGCUGUCAUCCAUGGAGCAGGAGCUGCAAAGGCUGCGGAAGGACGCCAGCAUGAAGUCCUCCCAGCUCAGCUGCAUGGAGGAGACCCUGCAGCAGACCCAGGGCCUCCUGGAGAAGAAGAAUGACGCGGUUGUGGACUUGGAGGAGAAGCUCCACCGCUGCGAGGAGGACAGGCAGAACUCUGUGCAGCGGGCGGAGACUCUGGAGGGACAGCUACAGGGGGUGCGCGGUGAGAUGCACGACACCCUAGAGAACCUACAGGAGCUGAGAGAGCUGUUACAGCGCACACAGGUCAGCGCAGACGAACGACAGACAUCACUGGAGAAAUUGUCCGCCGAGCUCAGGGAAAGCCAGAGGGAGUUGGAGGAGAGGAACCACGAGGUGUUGGACAUGGACACAGCAUUGAAGGAGAGACAGGGGGAGCUCCAGCAGAGAGCACAGCUGCUGGGCCAGUUGGACGUGGCCAUCAGAGACCAUAAGGUGGAGAUGGACAAGAAGGUUCAGGCCCUACAGCAGACUCUGGACCAGAGAGAGGGAGAGGUCAAAGACCGAGACAAACGGGUGGCGUUUUUGAGUGAGAGGUUAGACCUGCUAAAAGCACAACUACAAGGGAAGGAGGAUUCCGAGAAGGACUCUCUGGGGCAGGUCCAGAACCUGCGUGUGUGUCGGGAGGAGCUGCAGAGAACAACGCAAGAGCUGCGGGACACACGGACUCACUGCGAGAGCCUGACCGAAGAGCUGGACAGCAUCACUCAACAUGCCAGAGAAAAGGAGGCGCAGGUGAGGAGUUUAGAGGAGAAGCUGUCUGCCAGGGAGGGCCGCUGGGUCCAGGGGGAAGCCAGACUGCAAGUCACCAUCUCCUCCCUACAGCAGGAGCUGGAGCAGGAGAGGGAACAGCACAGCAAGGAGCUCUACUCCCUGCAGCAGACGCGGGGCCAGCUCCUGAAGGUGUCGGAGCAGAUGAGCUGCAGCCUGCGGAGCUCCCAGGAGCACCUGGCCUCCAGGCUGCAGCAGAGCCAGCUACAGCUAGAGCAUACCAGGGCCCAGGCGGCCCACCUGCAGGCCCAGCUCCACGCCACCCAGACCAGCCUGCAGAGCGCCCGCGAGGCCCUGCUCAUCAAGGAGUCCGAAGUCACCCGCCUACAGGCCAGAAUUUCCAGUCUGGAGAGAGCUACAGAGCUCCACCACGCCACGUUCCACCUUCACCCAGAGAUCACCCUGCCCUCAUCCCCUCCGCCCCCUCACACACACCACCAUUCUCCUCCACACACUCACUCAUGCACCCACUCUCCUCAUAAACACACCUGCUCCUCCCCACCCACUCACACCCACUCCCCUCACAAACUCUCCCACCCUUCUCCACCACCCACUCAUUCCCCUUCAUCCCCCCACGUACAACACCACUCCCCUCCACCCCAAACCCACACUCCAGACUGGCCCGUGGAGGGCAGCAGUGUGGACUCCUCUCUUGAUCUCCCUCAGAACCUGAAGGCAACGUUACGGGAAGCCCUGGGUCAACACCUCCCCUGGGACACAUCCUUUCUGUCCCCCACCCCUUACCAGCCUGACCACAGCUGGCAGGGCCUCAGCCGACUGGAGGCCACCUCUGCCUCAGACCUCUCCUUUAACCCCCUCACCUACAUGGUGGACAAAAUGUCGGAGGAGAGGGAGGAGAGAGAGCCGGAGAGAGAGUCCACCCUCAGGCAGGAGACCCAGGAGGAGAUGGACAUGAGCUCCCUGACGGGCAUGCUGCGGUUUGUCAACCAGACGCUUGCCCUGCAGGAGGACCYGUCCCUCUGUGGCUCCGCGGGCCUCUGAGAGGCUGAGCACACCCUCACACUGCAGGUUAGCAUGAGAAACUCUCUCUGGGGUACAAAGGAUGAAAUGAGGUCGUACACGUAGCUGUAGUUUUUGCAUUGGCAAUGUGUAAUUGUGGUGAUUGAUGAAAUGGUUGGUGCUUGUUUAAUGGCUUUUGUAUAGGUAGUUGAGAGCCGGCUGACGCUCUUAACAAAAAAACGUUGUAACUAGACCGAAAACUGUGUCUCACCUUACACACACCACACACACACACAAGGAUCUCUCAAAUAAUGACACACCUGCUGUUAAUAGCAGUUCCUUCAAUAAUUAGGUCAGAGGGACCACACCUGUAUUCAAACAUCCACUCAAUUAAUUAACCAAACAGGACACAGAACCAAUUAGGGACGAGGUGCAAUUGACGGAGUGUCACAUUAUUCAGAACCCACGCUGUUCUCAGGGACAUGCAUGACGGUUUUGACUAACAGAAGUUACUUUUCGUAGCAGGUUAGGAGAACUUACGCAGCAGGUUAGGCAAAUUGGUUAAGGUUAGAGAAAGGGUUAGCUAAAAUGCUAAAAUUGUCCUCGACGCGACUUGAACGUAUCUAGCUACAUCCAGACCAGCACUGAACACCCUACGUGGCGGCAAGGGUCCAGGUGAGUCGUGGGAUGACAUAGAUUUUUUUUUUUUAAAUACAUUUUCGAGAUAGGAAAACAUUUUUUGUGUGAACUUAAACGACUAAAACUAUGUAGUAAUGGACCUAUACAUUUUUCAAUAAUAGCCUACAAUCUUAGAGAAUUUACAAUCCGCAAAUUAAAAGCCCCCGUUUAAUGUUGUAAUGUUUUGAGCGUGAGAACAACAGCCAUGUCAAAAUGCAUAGCAAUUUCCACACUAAUUUCCUACAAUUCUAUCUUUUUUUCUUAUGCUUUGAUCUGUGUGUGUUUUUAAUUUUUUACCGCUCAACCCUUAUGGUGGGUCACGACUCACAACACCUCAAUUGGUGGGUCACAAAGCAAAAAAAGUUUGCCCUACGUUUCCAACGAUGCAACUCUGUGCAAUUGACAUUGUAGCUAUAGUAUUAAUUGCAUGGAAUGAUGAAUGGUUCAAAUGAAAGGGAUUCUGCAUACAACUUGGUUUAUCCAAUAAAUACAUGAACUAAACAAUG